GCAAUCCAAAUAAGAGCGAGAGAGAGAGAGGGGACGGCAACGGUCUUCGCCAACCGUUCCUAAUUCCUUCAUUUCCCGCAUCGCCAGAACCCUCCUGGUUCUCACGGUUCGGCCAAAUUUCUCUCCACUUUCCAUAAAAUUUUGACAUCGUCGCCGCCGACGUUUUGGCCGUUCCGUCUUUCCCUUUCUUUCGUGUUUUUUUGUUACGGUUUCGAACCGUGGUAAAAAGAAAAGGAAAAAUAAAAUAUAGACAUUAUUUGUUUCGUAUAAUCGGAUUUCUUUCAGUUUGUCUACAUUGCCUCGUAUCUGUUGUCGUUGUGGUUGGAUUUGGUUGAAUUGCGCCUUCGAUUUGGAUGUGGAACUGCUCAGGGGAAUUUAUGCCAUUUAUUUAUCAAGUUUGAACUUUUUGUUCGUUCGACCUGCAUUGAGGGAUUUGUGGGAUUUGAGCGAAGGAAUUUGAAUGGCGGCCCGCAUUGCGAACGGUGAAGAAUUUCAUCAGUGAAUUUCGCUCUCAAAUGAUUUGACCGCUGUGGCAGCACUCUCUCACGUACAUGCAUGUGGGAGAGCGAAAUUGGGGAAGUUUGACGCUUUUGCGGGUUUUGUUUGUGCGUGAAGCAACCUGGGUUUUCGGUAGGAAAAGAGGAGAAGUUGAGGCAUCGAUGUCUGUGGAGGAGAAAAUCCUCGUUUCGGUUCGGCUGAGGCCGUUGAACGACAAGGAGAAGGCAAAGAACGAUGUUUCCGAUUGGUGCGUCAAGGACAACACCGUCAUGUACAACAACAGCCAUCAUGAUCGCCCCAUGUCUCCCUCUGCUUAUGGUUUUGACAGAGUAUUUGGGUGGGACUGUCCCACGACGAAGGUGUAUGAUGAGGGAGCUAAAGAGGUUGCGCUUUCGGUCAUCAACGGCAUCAAUUCAACCAUUUUUGCCUAUGGACAAACAAGCAGUGGAAAAACAUACACUAUGAAAGGAAUCACAGAUUAUGCAGUUGCAGACAUAUACGACUACAUUGAGAAACAUAGUGAUAGGGAAUUUGUGUUGAAGUUCUCCGCCAUGGAGAUCUACAACGAAGCUGUCAGAGACCUCCUCAGCUCCGAGAUUGCUCAACUUAGGCUCCUAGACGAUCCAGAGAAAGGUACUGUUGUCGAGAAACUUUCAGAAGAGAUUUUGAGAGACCGGAACCACCUAGAGGAGCUUCUUUCCGUCUGUGAAGCUCAGAGGAAGAUCGGAGAGACCUCUCUGAACGAAACUAGCUCAAGAUCUCAUCAGAUUUUGCGACUGACAAUUGAAAGUUCCGCUCGAGAAUACCUAGGCAUUCAAAGUUCAAGCACACUUGCAGCUACUGUGAAUUUUGUUGAUCUUGCGGGCAGUGAGCGUGUUUCUCAAGCGUUAUCAGCUGGUAUGAGAUUGAAAGAAGGCUGCCACAUAAAUCGAAGCUUACUGACCCUGGGAACUGUAAUUCGCAAACUAAGCAAGGGAAAGAAUGGACACGUACCUUAUAGAGAUUCGAAGCUAACAAGAAUACUGCAAAACUCGUUGGGAGGCAAUGCCAGGACAGCCAUCAUUUGCACACUGAGCCCUGCACGAAGUCACGUUGAGCAAUCGAAAAACACUCUCUUCUUUGCAAGUUGUGCGAAAGAGGUGACUACUAAUGCAAAGGUCAACGUAGUAAGAUCAGAUAAGGCGUUGGUAAAGCAACUUCAGAAAGAACUAGCGAAAAUGGAAGACGCGUUGAGGAGCUUAGCAUCAAAGUCAAUGCAAGAGAAAGAACUUCUGCUUGAACAGAUGGAUAAGGAGAUCAAAGAACUGACUCAGCAACGUGAUCUUGCUCAAUCUCGGGUUCAGAAUUUGCUAGAAUCAACUGGAGACAGCCAAGUUCCAAGAAUAGGUGAAAAUUCAGGAGCUGAGUCAUUAUCCGUGGGUGUAAAAGCAGACAACGCAUGUGAUAUUACUGAUAUACCUAGUUUUACUGGUUCCUACAAGCACAACCGUCAGCUUUCUGCGAGCUCUGAAGAAAACUUUCUGCUGGACAGUAGUGCUCCAGAGUUUGUUGGGCUUGAUUCAUUGCCGGAUUGGGAGGAUCUUGCAGAGUCUGCACAUGUUGCGGAAAGAUCUCAUGCCGAAUUUGAAGAUAUUGCACAAAUAUCUCACGCAGAAUGUGAAGAUACUGCACAAAGAUCUCAGGCAGAACCUGAAGAUAAUACACAACCGACGGAAUCUGAAGAUAUUGCAGGAAGAUCUCAUUCAGAACCAGAAGAUAUUGCACAAAGAUGUCCAACAGAAUCUGAAGAUAUUGCACAAAGAAAUCGAGGAGAAUCUGAAGUUAUUGCACAAAGAAGUGAAGCAGAAUCUGAAGUUAUUGCAGAAGCAUCUCGUGCGGAAUCUGAAGAUAGCUGCAAGGAAAUUAGAUGCAUAUCAAGCAUGGACCAGAACACUUUUGAUUUGAUUUUAAGCGGUUCUGAAGAAAAUGGAGAAAACUUAGCCGCGACCGCUCCCAUGCAGCAGACAGGAGAUAAGGAGUUGAAUAACGUUAAUGCAGAGUAUGAAGCGAUGCGGAAAAAGAUUCAGGAAAUGCAAAGGACAAUUAACAACCUUGUUAAUCUUGCCCCAACGGAACAAUCUCCUUCUUCCUCUGAAUCUAGCACUGCAAGUAUGAAUUUGUCUAGAAGUCGAAGUUGCAGGGCGGUUAUCAUGAGUCCAUCUUCUUUCGCAUUGCAUGAGGCAGAACUAAACGAGAACACAACACCUGCUGAAGGUUUCCAACGGAGACCUUCCAGAUCAAGGCAAGGUGCCCACAGUAGAAGUAUAUCUAGGGAAGAUUUUCCAGCUUCUGUUGCGAGUGUUCCAAUGGUCCUAGAUGGUGCCAGAGAUCAGCCGGACACAGAGGUUAUUACACAGCAGGAAUUUCCUCAUAGGAAACCAAAAGUCCAUCAGGGGGAGAACUCUCGAUCCAAGUAUGGUGGCUAUGCCGGAAAGUUACCAAGAAGAGAUUCUGAUCAAGAUUCUAUUUUGAGCGUUCACGUAGAGGCAGAGGAAAGCACGGAGGCAGCUAGUGCACAGGACAUCUCUGAAGGCUGGCCUAGAAGUUCAAAAGGUUUGCGUUGGAAGCUAUUUCAUAAAUCGAAGCAAGGUUCCGAAAUUGGAAGCUCAACCAGAGCUAGUUCUCAAUUAGAGUCAGUUUUGAGUGCUCCAGUGGCUUGGAAAGUUAUCCCCAAUGUCUCGGAGUCUGACGUAGAGGAUAAUAUGAGCGUUCUCAAUUUCGCCAAUGAACGCAAGGAAGACAAGUACGAGGCACAAAGAGGAGCAGGACGGAGGAGGCACAAUCGUGCAGAACAUCCUUUGAGAACCCCUUCUAAUUGGCGCCUUGAUUUCGAGACACAGAGGGGACUAAUAAUCCAGCUGUGGGAGGCUUGCUUUGUGCCAUUGGUUCACAGGACACAUUUCUUCAUUCUUUACAAUGGUGAUCCGUCUGAUUUUCUCUACUUGGAGGUAGAGCUACGAAGGUUGACGAUUCUCAAGGACACCUUCUCUGAAGGAAGCAAUCUAAAAUCCCGCCAAGCUCCCACACAGGCUGGAAGCAUGAAGGCUCUUAAGCGAGAGAGAGAAAUGUUAGCCAAGAAAGUGCCGAAGAGGUUUGCAUCGACAAAGGAAAAAGAAAGGCUCUACCAGAAGUGGGGGAUUAGGCUAAACACAAAGCAGAGGAGUCUGCAGUUGGCAAACUUGAUAUGGACGAGCACAAUGGACAUGGGGCACAUCCGGGAGAGCGCCACCCUUGUUGCGAAGCUGGUUGACCUUGUUGCACCACUCGAUGCUCCCAAGGAGAUACUCGGACUCAGCUUCUUAUCUCACCCUAUAAACAAGAAAUCCUCCAUUUGGAGAGAUUCCAUGUCUACUCUGUAGAAUUCGGCACCAGUUAGACGAAGCUAACUCGUAGAAAUAUUUUGUACAGAAUAUGAUGUCUCGCACCAGCUCAGCUGGAGUGGAGAUGCGCAUUGUAAACUAAACGGAAAUCUGCAGCUGUACUAUGGUUCUUUGAUUCCUUCCACUGUUAAUCUAUGGUUGCGGCAGUAAAUUGCAGGCACAGAAACAAUGGUUAUAUCU